AUGGGGACAACGGCGGCGCUGUUGCUGGUGGUUCUGCUGCAUUGCGCGGCGGUGGUGAGCGCGUCGCAUGCCGUGUACCCGGAGCUCCAGUCGGUAGAGGCGACGCAGGUCGACGAGAUGUCGCGCACCGGGUACCACUUCCAACCACCUAAGCACUGGAUCAAUGGGCCGAUGUACUACAAGGGGCUGUACCACUUGUUCUACCAGUACAACCCCAAGGGCGCGGUGUGGGGCAACAUCGUGUGGGCGCACUCGGUGUCAACGGACCUGAUCGACUGGACGGCGCUGGACCCGGGGAUCUACCCGUCCAAGCCGUUCGACAUCAAAGGCUGCUGGUCGGGCUCCGCCACCAUACUGCCCAGCGGCGUGCCGGUGAUCAUGUACACCGGCAUCGACCCGCACAACCACCAGGUGCAGAACGUCGCGUACCCGAAGAACCUCUCCGACCCGUUCCUCCGCGAGUGGGUCAAGCCCGAGUACAACCCCAUCAUCGCCCCCGACCACGGCAUCAACGCCAGCGCCUUCCGCGACCCGACCACCGCAUGGUACGGCCCUGACAAGCAUUGGCGUCUGCUGGUGGGCAGCAAGGUGAACGAGAAGGGCCUCGCGGUGCUGUACCGGAGCCAGGACUUCAAGCGGUGGGUCAAGGCGCACCACCCGUUCCACUCGGGGCUCACCGGCAUGUGGGAGUGCCCGGACUUCUUCCCCGUCGCCGUGCACGGCAGCAGCCGCCACCACCGGCGCGGCGUGGACACCGCCGAGCUGCAGGACCGCGCCGUGGCGGAGGAGGUCAAGUACGUGUUCAAGGUGAGCCUGGACCUUACGCGGUACGAGUACUACACGGUCGGCACGUACGACCACGCCACGGACCGUUACGUCCCCGACGCCGGCUUCCCUGACAACGACUACGGCCUCCGGUAUGACUACGGCGACUUCUACGCGUCCAAGUCGUUCUACGACCCGGCGAAGCGCCGCCGCAUCCUCUGGGGCUGGGCCAACGAGUCCGACACCGUCCCCGACGACCGCCAGAAGGGUUGGGCCGGCAUUCAGGCGAUACCGAGGAAGCUGUGGCUGUCGCCGCGCGGGAAGCAGCUGAUCCAGUGGCCGGUGGAGGAGAUCAAGGCGCUGCGAGCGAAGCAUGUCAACGUCAGCGACAAGGUCGUCACGGGCGGGAACUACUUCGAGGUCGCCGGCUUCAAGUCCGUGCAGUCGGACGUGGAGGUGGCCUUCGCGAUCAAGGACCUGAGCAAGGCGGAGGACUUCGACCCGGCAUGGCGCAUCGACCCGCAGGCGCUCUGCAAGAAGCGCGGCUCGCGCGUCAAGGGCGGGGUGGGACCGUUCGGCCUGUGGGUGCUGGCCGACGCCGACCUCACGGAGAGGACGGCCGUCUUCUUCAGGGUGUUCAAGACCAACAGCAGCAAGCACGUCGUCCUCAUGUGCAACGAUCCUACUAGGUCGUCGUUCGAGUCGCAGGUCUACAGGCCGACCUUCGCCGGCUUUGUCAAAGUCGACAUCGCCAAGACGAAGAAGAUCACCCUCAGGACACUGAUCGACCACUCCGUGGUGGAGAGCUUCGGCGCGGGCGGCAGGACCUGCAUCCUGACGAGGGUCUACCCCAAGAAGGCUAUCGGCGACGCCGCGCACCUCUUCGUCUUCAACCACGGCGAGUCGGACAUCAAGGUCACCAACCUGGAUGCCUGGGAGCUCAAGACCCCCAAGAUGAACGCGCCGCAGCAGUAG